AUGAUUUUGGCCACCAUCACUGCCAACUGUGUGGUCCUGGCCUUGGAGCAGCAUCUCCCAGGAGAAGACAAGACGCCCAUGGCAAAAAGACUCGAAAAGUCCGAGCCGUACUUCAUCGGGAUCUUCUGUUUCGAGGCGGGUAUAAAGCUGGUGGCCUUGGGCUUCGUCUUUCAUAAAGGAUCUUAUCUGAGGAACGGCUGGAACGUCAUGGACUUCAUCGUGGUUCUCAGCGGUGCAGCCAAAGGGAAGAAGAGGAUAAACAAUAUCGAGUUUGUGAAAGACAAGGGAAAACAACUACACCAUGGUGGAAAGCUGUGA